AUGAACAGAUCUGUGUUUUGUUCCAUCACCCUGACCCUAACCCUCAUCCUGACCCUCAUCCUGACCCUAACCCUCAUCCUGACCCUCAUCCUGACCCUCACCCUCAUCCUCACCCUCACCCUCAUCCUGACCCUGACCCUAACCCUGACCCUAACCCUGACCCUAACCCUCAUCCUGACCCUCAUCCUGACCCUAACUCUCAUCCUGACCCUCACCCUGACCCUCACUCUCAUCCUGACCCUCAUCCUGACCCUCACCCUGACCCUAACCCUCAUCCUGACCCUCACCCUGACCCUAACCCUCAUCCUGACCCUCACCCUGACCCUCACCCUCAUCCUGACCCUCACCCUGACCCUCACCCUAACCCUCACCCUCAUCCUGACCCUCACCCUGACCCUCACCCUGACCCUCACCCUAACCCUGACCCUCACCCUGACCCUCACCCUAACCCUCACCCUCAUCCUGACCCUCACCCUGACCCUCAUCCUGACCCUCACCCUGACCCUGAUCCUCACUCUAACCCUAACCCCUUUACACAAACCUAACCCUAACCCUCAGUGGCCCAGGAAUACCCGCUAUGACUGGAGGGCCAGUGCUCACCCUCUCUUCACGGUGAGACACCCUUUCAACAACACCCUAACCCUUAACCCCAACCCCCGAACCCUAACCAUAUCGCACCACCUUUCAUAG